GUUGGCAGAGACUGCGGAGAACGCAGCGUUCGCUAUGAGGUGCCUCACGUGUGUGGUGCUGUCCUGUGUGUUUGCGUUGUGUCAUGGAGCCGUUUUGAAUCGACCUGAUGGAGACGGGCUGCGCAGGCGCCUCUGCGACUCGGCUGCGCGGAAGCUGCGCGUGUGCUGCGGGGAGAACGCCGCCCUCACCGACCUCUCCCCGCCCUUCCAGCGCUCGCGGCGGUCGGUGUCCUCCACCCCUGCGUCCCCGCCUCGGCCGCCGACUCCGGCCACGUCCACACGCGCGACAACGCCCGCUACCAGCCCCGUGGAGACGUCUGCGACACGCUCGCCCAAAGCCACUCCAAGGCCAACUGCAACUCCUGCACCAAAGCCUCCUACACCAGCGUCCAAUGUGACUUCAACAACUCAGACCCCGGCCCUGACUACGCCCUCUGGAAAUGGCAAGCUGCCGAAAAUAUCUCCAAGCGCGCGAGCUUGUGACGAAUUCCGUAAAUUCAAUGAACGAGUGGUUGGAACUUCCCUUUUAAGAAGAAAGAGACGACAAUAUAUGCAGAUAAAUGUAGUCGGAGGAGAAAGAGCUAGAAAUAGAGAGUUUACUUAUAUGGUGGCGAUCGGGUACGUGCGGGGCAACAACAGCGCCAACACGUCGGAGAUCCAGUGGGGCUGCGGGGGCAGCCUCGUCAGCGAGCGCUACGUCCUCACCGCCGCCCACUGCAUCACCGACGCGCUGCGGCAGCGCAUGCGCCCUGAGGUUCUGCGAAUGGGCGUGAACCACCUCUCCGCGGGGGCCCGGCAGCCCGGAGACUUCUCCGUGGAGUCGGUCAGCCUGCACCCGCGCCACGCGCCGCCUCUCAGCUACUUCGACCUGGCGCUGCUGCGCACCGACCGCCCCGUGCUCUUCACGGAGCGCGUGCUGCCCGUGUGCCUGGCCGCGCCAACCACGCACGUCGACGCCAACACCACGCUGCUCGUCGCCGGAUGGGGCGCCGUCGAUCCCGGCGGUUUUGAGCCGUCUGCGGACUUGAAGAAAGCUUUACUUCGCUUUGUGGAUUUGGAUGAAUGCAAGAAGUUUUUUACAACUAGUACGAGUUUACCCAGGGGGUUGGAUGCCGACAUGAUAUGCGCGGCUGAACCCAACAGACAAGCCGAUACCUGUCAGGGCGACUCCGGAGGGCCACUGGCAGUCCGUGGAGCGCAGGGCGACGUGCUGGUGGGCGUGACCAGCUUCGGCGGGAAGCCGUGCGCGGGGUUGAAGCCCGGCGUGUACGCACGCGUGCUACCUGAGCUCCCUUGGAUCGAGAGCGUCGUCUGGAAGUAGCAGCCUUCAAGUACACCCGCCUGAUCUUACCAAAAGGCUUUCAAUAGUUCAUCUAAUAUCUCAAAUAGACGCUGUAAAAGAAGCUGUGAUUUUGAAAGGAAAAAUGUCCACUUUUUCCGCAUAUGUGUAUAUUUGUAAUUUUUCAAGUUAUAGAUCACUUUAAAAAUGAAACUUUUACGUCUUAAAGUAUGUGUUCUAUUGACAACUAAAACUUCUAAUGAUUGAAAAUGAGAAACAUGUUCAGGACUGAUUUAUCUUAAAUACGUAUAGAGCGCACUGAGAAAUUUGCGGAUUCAUUGCACAAUAUGUUUUGAAUAAUUUCCCUAAAUGCUUUCAAGGCAACUCUGAGGACAUCGUAUACUUCGAAACCUGGUAGUCGAACUAUCGUACCUUUUUAAGAAGGCAACCAAGCAUCUUGCUCGUCCUGGCAGUUCUCAUU